AUGAAUCAUUACUCUUUUUCCUUAUUGGUGAUUCUUCUUCUAUGUGUUGCUUCAUGCAACUCAACUAAAGUUGUUGAAGUAAAUGUGAUUUGUAAAGAAGCAUUCAAACCUUCAUUUUGUUCAAAACUUCUCAACUCAAAAUCGGGUGGAGCGAAAGGUGCAGAUCUGGUUAACCUUGCACAAUACACAAUUGAUGUGCUUAGUGUCAAUUUGACCAAUACAGUGAACUUGAUCAAUAAAUUGAUUUCAGAAGGAGGUGGUAAGGCUAAGGCAAGAAAACAUUAUGAUACUUGUUUGCUAGAUUUGGGUCCCUAUGGUACUAGUGCAUCUGUACAUUUGAUUGAUGCGGAUUUUUCUUUGAAGAGACGAGAGUAUAGAGAGAUGGCUGCAUCUACUGCUUUACUUAUGCAAAAUAUUCUUCAUUGUAAAAAUGAUCGUAAAGAUUAUUAUUAUGAUGAUUAUCAUAGUGAUAAAUCUUUACUUUCAAAAUAUGUUGAUGUUAUUAUGAAAACUGGUCAAAGAGUACCAGUGUUGCAAAAAGCGCUUAUCAAUUCGGGUUUAAACGUAAAGAAUCGCGUUAAAGCGACUCUCCAAGUUAAGAAAGUAACAGAAAAACUCAAACGACAGCUGAAUGAGGAAGAUGCAAAGGUAAAAGAAGAAGCAAUUAUUGUUAGUGAUAGUAAUGAUAAAAGAAAGUGUAUAUACAAAGUGUUUGAGAAAAUUACUGAGUAA